CGGCCCCGAGGAGUUGGGCCGGUCCAAGGUCGGCACGGGCCGGAGCCAGAGCUCAGGGCUGCGCUUUGUGCCGUGUCCACGCGAGUCCCGGCCGCCUCCACGUCCCGUUCCUCCUCCUCGUCGUGCUCCUCCUGCUGCCGCCCCACCAUGUGGCUGUGGCUGCUGGCGCUGCUGGGGCUGUGGCUGCUGCGGCGUUGGAACCUGGAGCGGCAGACGGUGGGCGGCCUGGACGAGAAGUUCGUGCUGAUCACGGGCUGCGAUUCGGGCUUUGGCAGCCUGCUGGCACGGCAGCUGGACGCGAGGGGGCUGCGGGUGCUGGCGGGCUGCCUGAGCGAGGCCGGGGCCGCGAGGCUGCGGGCGGCCGCCUCGUCUCGCCUGCAGACCGUCCUGCUGGACGUCACGUCCAGCGACAGCAUCGCCGCCGCCGCCGCGUGGGUGCGGGAGCGAGUGGGGGACAGAGGGCUGUGGGGGCUGGUGAACAACGCCGGCAUCGCCGUCCCCUCCGCCCCCAACGAGUGGCUGAGGAAGGAAGACUUCGUGGCGGUGCUGAACGUCAACCUGGUGGGGCUGAUCGAGGUGACUCUCAGCCUCCUGCCGCUGAUCAAGAGGGCGAGGGGCCGCGUGGUCAACGUGGCCAGCGUGGUGGGCCGGCUGUCCAUCUUCGGGGGCGGCUACUGCCCGUCCAAGUUCGGCGUGGAGGCGUUUUCCGACAGUCUGCGGCUUGAGAUGAGGCACUUCGGGGUGAAGGUGAGCAUCAUCGAGCCGGGUUACUUCAAAACAGCCAUCACCGGUUCUGCAGAACUAGAGAAGAGCCUCCUCAGAGCCUGGGAGAGGAUGCCCAGUGAAACCAAAGCCAGUUAUGGGGAUAAAUACCUACAGGACUUCCUGGCAAAUAUGAGGGAGAUGAUGAAGAAAUGCAACCCCAACCUGUCGCUGGUGACGGGCUGCAUGGAGCACGCACUGACCAGCCGCUACCCGCGCUGCCGCUAUGCAGCUGGUUGGGAUGCCAAGCUGAUCUACAUCCCUCUCAGCUACUUUCCCUCUGCCAUCACCGACGCCUUGUUCACCUGGACCUCCCCCAAACCUGCCCAGAGAGUGUGAGGCCGUGAGGGCAGAGCUGGCAUCGCCCCACACCUGAGAUCCCACGGCAGCAAGCAAAGCGCUGCACUUUGCACUGGCAAUGUUUGCUGCUGAAUAAAGCUGACCUCUUCCCUGCA